GAUGAUGAUGAUGAUGAUGAUGAUGAUGAUGAUGAUGAUGAUGAUUAUGAUGAUGAUCAGGAGGAGGAGAAGGAGGAGAAAUUUUCACAACUACGCUUUGUACAAGUGGAAAGCCUACGGGAACUGGACGAACCAGUCGAACCGUCCGCAUUCGAGUCAUUGAUUACCACUCAGUGCAACCGAACGCGAGAAUUACUUCGCACCAAUUGGAUUCCAAAAUGUGCAAAUGCGUUCAUCGAGUUGCGACAUACUUGGGUUCAUUUACUCCCCCAACGAUCGUCCGACAGUUCUGAAGCCGUUCGUGCAUUCUUCGCCUGUAUUGCAGCUUUAAUGUCUAAACAACUGAGAAGCAUCGUGGAUCAGUCCUUAAAAGAUUUGCUCGAAUUGCUACAAGAGCAUCAGGAUGGUAAUGCGUUCGAAGAUACGUAUGACGAGCUAAAGUUCCUUCGGCGACCGUUGCUCUUGAUUCGUCUGCGAGUCUCAGACCCUAAAAUUAUAUUCAUGCCAACAUUUCGCGAAACUCGAGAUUGCAUUUUACGAUGCUUUCAGGCAAUAACUGAUGCCGCAGAAGGCCUACCAAGAGUUGAAGUUGACGUCUUCCCGGAAUUACGUAAUCACGCUUUGUACCUUCGAUCGGUCUCCUUCAGGGAACAAUUGGUGGUCGAGUAUACGGACAAAGCGAUGACCGUAUUUCGAGCUAAUUCGGUCGGACCGAAACAAUAUUUGGAAAUUUACAAACCUUACGGAAAUUUGUUGAACAACAAGGCUGAAUUGGAAUUGCGAACUUUUCUAAAAGACCGGCACACAUUGCUGGCAGUAAAAAAGCGCAAAGGCAAAGGAUGGGCCAGCGAUGCAGCUCUAGUGGAUCAGCUCAAUUCUAGUUUGAAUGUAGUACAACAGAAAAUCGAGGGCUUCCAAGAUCUACGUGGUGAAAUCACUAUGCUUCGUCUGUCUGUUCCUCUCAGCCUAUUUAGUGUGGAUUGCCGUAGUGUGAAUGAAGAAUUGGCCAAUCGCGUGUGGAAACUACGAGAUAUACUUAUUUCGUUCGAACUGGACGAAAAUCGCGAUGUGAAUCGUGGAAUUUGUCGACGUUACGAUGAAAUUAUGAAUCGAUUGAGUGAGACUCCACCGGACACUGAAAGUUUGGUUCAGUUGCAAACUUACAUGCGCGACGUGUCCAAUACGUUGGUAUUCAAACUGAAGGAAGAAGUGGCCGAGGCAGCGGAUCGUCUUAAUUUCCUAUUAGAUUACGCAUUUCUCUCAGUGGAUGAUAUCAAACUGAACUCGACUUUGUUCUACUGGCCGGAACAUAUUUUGAGUGUACUGGAUGUAACCUCUACCCGAGUGAACAUGCUACGUGAGGCUGCGGAGGAAGAUUUGAAAAACCGAACAUCCGCAUUGGAAGCGCGAAUUUUGGCCUGUUGGGAUCGGAUUACAACAAUGCGCCGACGAGAAGUGAUCUCUCAGGAUGAGAUGCUCAAGUCCAAACAGAUCUUGGACGAAUUUCAAUCGGAUUUGGAUAUGUUGACACUGGAAGCAGAACAGGUGAACAAGGAAGAGGCUCUUGUCCAAUGGGAACAGACACAAUUUCCCCAAUUGACGGAAUUGCGUCGUCAGAUGGAUCCUUUCGAUCGUUUGUGGCGUACUGCGCUAGAAUUUGACACGAUGAACCGUCAGUGGCUUCAGGCUCCAUACCAUACGUUGAAUCCGUUCGAUAUUGAACAGCAAGUGGGGGACAUGUUCAAAACAAUGCACAAAUUGACAAAAAUGUUGGCCGAUUUACCCGGACCGGCAAAAGUUGCGCAAAAGAUGAAGACCAAACUAUCGAAAUUUCAACAGUUCAUGCCUAUUAUACAUGUUGUAUGCAAUCCGGGCAUUCAAUCGAGGCACUGGGAUCAAAUGAGCGAUAUUGUCGGUUUUGACAUUAAACCGAGUCCAGACACACAAUUGAUCACAUUUCUUGAGUACGGGCUGAAAGGCUUUUUGGAACAACUGGAAGAGGUUGGUGCUGCCGCGGCCAAAGAACACCAACUGGAAACCACAAUGGCCAAAAUGAAAGAGGAGUGGCGUCAAAUGCGGUUCGAACUUCUACCUUAUCGAGAUACAGGUAUUUCCAUUCUCUCCGCGAUCGACGACAUUCAAGUCUUGCUGGACGAUCACAUUAUCAAAGCACAAACAAUGCGUAAUUCCCCGUACAUCAAACCGUUCGAAGCGGAAAUGGCUGCGUGGGAGAGCAAACUGAUCUCAAUGAACGACAUCCUCGAUGUUUGGCUCAAAGUACAAGCCACUUGGUUGUAUCUUGAACCAAUAUUCUCUUCAGAGGAUAUUCUGGCUCAAAUGCCUGAGGAGGGUCGCAAAUUCGGAGUGGUCGAUGUUCUAUGGCGUGAAGUGAUGACAGAAGCAGCUGUGAAUCCCAGUUGCCUAGUUGCCACCGAUCAAAGAGACAUGUUACGCCGACUGACUGAUGCACACAUCCUUUUGGAGGAGAUCCAGAAAGGUUUGAAUGACUAUCUGGAAAAGAAGCGUUUGUAUUUUCCUCGCUUCUUUUUCCUAUCGAAUGAUGAAUUGUUGGAGAUCUUGUCAGAAACGAAAGAUCCACAACGUGUCCAACCGCAUCUCAAAAAAUGCUUCGAAGGUAUCAGUCGUCUUUCAUUCACCGAACAGCAAGAAAUUGUUGGAAUGACUUCAGCCGAGGGUGAGACUGUCCCAUUUGUCACUAAGAUCUACCCAGCCAAAGCCAAGGGAAUGGUCGAAAAGUGGCUACUUCAAGUCGAGGAUGUCAUGUUAAGCAGUCUUCGAAAAGUCAUUUCAGAUAGCGUGUACGCUUAUUCGGAAACUCCCAGAGAGAAAUGGGUUCUGGAUUGGCCUGGACAAGUGGUUCUUUGUGUAUCGUGUAUCUAUUGGACGGAGGAAGUUCAGGAGUCUAUGGGCACUGGUAAACUGGCUGAGUAUCGGGUCAAAUGUGACAAACAGAUAGACGACAUUGUGCGACUUGUUCGUGGUCCUUUGACAAGUGGCGAAAGAAUAACUCUGGGUGCCCUCAUUGUCGUCGAUGUGCAUGGUCAGUUUGAAUAG